AGUAGACUUUUGAUUUUAAAAUAAAUCACACAUACUAUGUAUUAAAAAUAAAAAAAAAAAUUAUUUGAAAUAGUGUUAUAAUUUAAAUUUCUCAAAUAAUUUGAUAAUUUGAAUACUCGCAUUUUUUAAUAAACGUUCAUAGGUAGAUAGGUAGGUACCUAUCUAUGUAUACACCAGCAUCUUGGAUGAAAAAUUCAACAUGAAUUCACUUCACACAAAUUGUACACCAAUGAAACCAAAUUUUGUUGACAAAGGACUAAAUUUACACUUAAAAGCUAAAAGAGCGAAACAAUGUUUAAAAUGGGGUUCUUUCAAUACAAUCCUGUUAGGAAUAUUAUUAUUUGAUAUAUCUAACAAAUGCCCAUAUGCUCAUUCAAACUGGUUUUACAUAGAAUAUAUAGCCACCGGCAUUAUUGCUUGUAGUGUCAUAUGCUAUUUUGGAAAAUAUUUGUAUUACAUUUUUGGAACGGAGACACUCCAUGGAACAGCGGAACAAAAAUCUCUUUUAAAAUUUGAUGAUAACGAUAAAUCAUUUGUAAUAGAUGCACCAAAAAAAGAAGAUAAUUUGUCACAUAAUACUCCGGCAAAUGUUACAAUAUUAAGUUGGCAUUCAUCUUUUAAUGACUCCGGACGCGGUACACCUUGGGCAUAUAAUCGUACUACACCACCAAGACAAAGUAUAAGUCCUUCACAAAAUAAUUCAUGGAAUUCAUCUAUGCAAAAUAGCUCUUACUUGAAUGGUAGUGCAAUUAGUUCUGGUAAUAACACGUUCAUGUCACCAUAUAUGAAAUAUGCGAAAGAAGAGGCGCUUAUAACAGAAGAAAAAGAAUUAAGGCAAUAUUUGAGAGAAGUUGCAAGUAAAGAGUCUACUAUGAGCGAACCCCAUACAGGACAUCAUCAUUAUAAUACAACGUCAAUUAACUCCUUUUGGAACUAUUACAAUGCAGCAGCAAACCUUUUAAAAACAUCAAUCUAUCAAUUAAGCCCUUCAACUGUUGCGGUACCCAGUCCCCAUCUAAAACAGGAUGAAAUUGGUUUUGAUGUCAGUUUGGAUGUACAUUCUGAAAUUAUUAAGAAAAUUUCCUCAGCCAAAUUAUCUAAAUAUGUAACAAAUUUAAGAAUGUGGACGUCAGGUACAAUAUUGCAAAGAUUAGUUGAUGAAAUCAAGAAAACUGAUUCUGCUCUUAAAGCUCACGGUCUUGCAGAUAUGAAAAUUGGUGCAGUUGGCUUAGAAAGAUUGAAGAAAACUGCCGAAAACCAACAAUUCGUUAAUCUUCAUGUUCCGAUGCUACCGUUAAUCGUUCCAUUUUUGGAUAUGACAACAAACCAAGAAUAUUUGGUACAAAGAAUUAUAGAUCUUGGAAAAGGCAGUUGUAUUCAGAAUUAUCACUGGAAUUCCGGUUCUUCAUAUCAUGGAACAAAAUGGGAUGAACAUUUACCAACCGACUCAGCAAUUUUAUUUCAUCUUUUUUGCACAUAUUUAGAUACACAAUUAAUGCCAUUACCACAACCAGGUGGUCGUCCGUUUUACAAUCGAUACGUUGUUUUAGGCGAUAAGAAAUCAACAGCCGAACAGUUAGCAGAAGUUAAAAAUAAGUCUGGAUGUGCAAUUUUAUGUACAAAUCAAUUAAGACCAAAAUUCAAUUUUAUUAGUGAUAAUACAGUACAUAAUUGUGCACAUGAUCGCAAUAAUUUGUUUUAUGUAAUCAUACAGUUUUUAAUAUACAUGAAAAAUCAUCAUGAGUGCCUUUUGGAAGGCGUCAAUUUAGGAAAAAGUGGCAUUAAUAUUAUGUGUAUAAUUGAAGACAAAUAAUUUAACAACCGACAUUAUAAUUAGCAUUAUUCAAUUUUAUGAUUCAAAAAAAUAUGUAACACAGCAUAAAUAAAUCUAAUUUCUAAAUUAAAAAUUGUUUUAAAUUCAUUAGAACUUG